UUUUCGUUCCAUGGAUAAUUACAAUCAUUAAUAACAAUAAUUAAAUCAUGUUAGCUUGGCAGCAUUUUAUCAGUCGGUGCAAUCCCCAACCAGAGUGUUAACGCACAUACAAGAGGACGAAAGCAGAUUCUUUCUUGGUGUGCAGCCUCUUGAGUUGCGUCUGAGCUCAGAGCUCGCCUAUGCGCCCUCAUCGAGACUUGGCACCUGCUGUACGCAGACGGAACAAGGACUGGAACAACAUUAACUGCCGUCUCUUCUGUUUUUAAAGACAGAGAACGAGGGGGCUUUUAACUUAUGGAGAGCUAUCCCAGCGAAGCCCAAACCUGAGACUUAUUCCAGCCAUGUCAGCUAAUGGGAGUUCAGAGUCCAGCUGCAGGUCAGAGGUUAGACCCACCAAUAACACCUGUUUCCAGAAGGAACUGUCUAUCACUGCAUCAGUAAUCUCUAUGACUGUUGGCAUCUUCUCCAACAGCCUUGCUCUGUUCAUUCUGCUGAAAUCCUACAGCAGCAUCCGCACCAAGUCCAGGGCAUCCUUCCUGCUGUUUGCCAGCAGCCUGGUGAUCACAGAUCUGCUGGGUCACCUCAUUAAUGGAUCCCUGGUGCUUUUUGUGUACAGUGCUGAAAAGAAAUGGGAGAAUUUUGAUCCUUAUCAAAUCAUAUGCACCAUCUUUGGGGCAUGUAUGGUGUUCUUUGGCUUGAGCCCCUUGUUCCUGGGAAGUGCUAUGGCUGUGGAGCGCUGCAUUGGAGUCACUAAGCCUAUCUUCCACUCCACAGUGUUGGCCUCACACCACAUGAAAAGGCUCCUUGGGGUCACCUGGCUGCUUGCUGCACUGGUGGCUGCGCUGCCUGUAAUGCUGUCGAAGCCCUACAAGGUUCAAAGGUCCAGGAGCUGGUGCUUUUUCCUUAUCGAGCAAACCAAAGACUGGCUGGAUGUGCUCCUGCCGCUGCUAUUUUCAUUGCUGGGGCUGCUGGCACUGCUGAUCUCCAUUGCCUGCAACACGCUAACAGGCUGUGUUCUAAUACAGGCCAAACUGCGCCACAAGCAUCACUGCAGAAGCAUGCCUUAUCACAUAGAGAUGAUCUGCCAGCUCCUGGCUAUCAUGCUGGUGUCCUGCAUAUGCUGGGGCCCAUUACUGAUCCAUGUCACCAUUCUGAGUACCAGAGCCACGGAUGAGUCUCCAUCUUUUAGUCUGCUGACUAUACGCAUGGCUACGUGGAACCAGAUCCUGGACCCGUGGGUCUACAUCCUGCUGAGGAAGGCUGUUCUCAGGAAAAUCUUCGUGUUGCUUCACGGCUGUUGUGGCUCGAAAUUUUACACCCUCCAUCGGUGGCAGCGCAGUAUGCUCCACAGCUCAGCGGAGACCAGCAGCUCCAGUGGGUCAUCUGAUUGCCGCUGCCUCGGUAAAACACCUGUGCAUGAUGUAGUCAUCAAAUCCAUCACCUGAACCCUGUCCUGAGUCUUUUAUCUGAGAACGCCAAGGUGCUGAAAAACAAAAGGAAAGAAAAUCAUUUGGAAUACUAGAAGGACAUUUCUAAAGAACGCUUAUCCUAAGGUCAAUUUUAAAGUGACCCAGGUCCAAAACAAAAUUCCUUUGAUUCUUCCUUUGCAUGCGCUCUUCCUCUUUGCAAAGUUUCAUCCCAUUUCAGCUCCUGCAGAUGAAUAAGACGCACUGAGACACUAGAAGACUAUCAAAAAUGCACUUACACAAACCACAAAUGUUUUCUUGUAACAUUUGCAAAAUGAUCACCAUGAAUUGUCACUAUUACUGUAUAUUGUGGUAUUGACUUUUUGUUCUAAACUUUUAGCCCCGCCUUCUGCAUCAGGGGCACUAGACAAGUUCUAUCAAAAACUGUCACAGUGUUAGAGACGAACUAACAGUCACUGUUAAGUCGUAGACAUUGUUUUAUUCAUUCCUGGCUUUGUUCCACGUGCAGCUCCAGCCUGUGUCUUUGCACUACUAUUUAUUGAUUGUGACUGAGUCUUCUUUGACCUUACAUGUUAACUUUUUAUUAUAAGGAUUCCAGUAUAAUGUGUUAAUCAUUUGGUUUGCACAGAUGUGCAAGAGACAAUAAGCGUGCAAAAAAACAAAUGAUCAUCCUCCACCACCAUGCUGACAUCAGUAUGAUGUCUUUGUGCUAAUAUUGUGCUGUACUUAGUUUUCAUCAAACAUGGCUGUGCAUUGAUGCCAAACAUCUCUACUUUGGUGCUGUCUGUCCAAAGCACAUUAUUCAAGAGGUCUUGUGGUUUGUUCAAAUGCGACUUUGCAAACUUAAGCCAUGUUGCUUUCAUGCUUUUAAAGAGAAGAGGCAACCCUGGCAUUUAGCAGGACCAGAAGCAGUAAGGGUAUACCGGUACUUAGGACUGUUUUACCUGAAGCAAAUAUUUUGUGCUGAAAGUCUAGUUGAUGUUUAAAACAAGCUUCUCCCAACAAUUUCACCACAACAGUAAACUUUUGCUCAUUGAGUGUUUUGAAUGUCAUCAAGUGUUUUCUUUUUUUAUAGUGUGUGAGCUGUUAACGUGAUGGUGUAUACUGUACCAGCCUUUAAACAAUUUAAGCCUGCAUUAUGUUAUAACAUGGACCAAUUGAAAACAUGAUUUUUGCCUGUAUCAGUACGUUUGAUGUUUUAAAUGGUUCGGGUGAGUGUUGUGCUUUUCUUUCAAAGUGUUGUAAAGAAUGAUCAGAGUAAGAAGUUUCUGAUUGAAGUAUGUAACGCUGCAUUCAAGUGUGAUCAUGAUCAGAACGAAAGCAGAUGUUUUGAGAGGAUCGUCUUUCAGCAGUAAGUAGUCUGCUGGUAGGUGCGUUAUUACUUAGUAAAUGUGAUUUUUUCGCACCGGUGCUUCUGCAUCAUGACACUUUUUUUUUUACAAAACAACACAAAACUUUCCAAUGUGUUUGUGCUGUACUGUGUAAUAAAACGGAAAAUGGAAAAACAAA